AAGGGAGGAAGGUGGUGUUCGGCCCUGUGUUUUGAACGUCUCGAUGGGGGUAGCUCACUAUUUGGCAGGAAGGUAACGAGGCCUCUAGCAUGGUUGUGAAGCUCGUUGUACGGAGGUAAAGAUCCAAAUGUGGCAGAGACGAACAGGAGGCAGUAGUGGCGACAAACGAGACAAGAGGAGCAGCUGUCCCUAUUGUUGCUGCGGAGAAUCUGAGUGGCCUAGUGAGACAGGAGGACUGCUGUGGCUGCAGUCUUAACGCUCUUAGGCCGUCCCCCUGGCACUCCGAGGCGCCCUUCCCCCCAGCAGAGUGCUAUAAUUGAAACUGCUUCUCCUAUAUUUGAGGAAGAACAAAUCGGUGAUUGGAUGGUUAAUUAGUAAGUAGCUGUUGUAUUACGAGAGCAAGAAGAUAUUUUGGGAGCUGGGAAGAAACGGAUUUUCACCCUAGUCUAGCAGCUUUGCUGCUCACUUAAACACAGAUGAAUGAAGACCCCAUUUGGAAAAUCGCCAGGUCAGCGGUCCAGAGCUGAUGCAGGUCAUGCAGGAGUCUCUGCAAGCAUGAUGAAGAAAAGAACUUCCCACAAAAAGCAUAGAAACAAUGUUGGAACAAGCAAACCUAUUUCUCAGCCACGAAGAAACAUUGUAGGCUGCAGAAUACAGCAUGGCUGGAAAGAAGGGAGUGGACCUGUAACACAGUGGAAGGGCACAGUUCUUGAUCAAGUUCCUGUAAAUCCCUCUCUCUAUCUUAUAAAAUAUGAUGGAUUUGAUUGUGUAUAUGGACUAGAACUGCACAAAGAUGAAAGAGUUUCAGCACUUGAAGUCCUUCCAGACAGAGUUGCUUCAUCUCGAAUUAGUGAUGCCCACCUGGCAGAUACAAUGAUUGGCAAAGCUGUGGAACAUAUGUUUGAGACAGAAGAUGGCUCAAAAGAUGAAUGGAGGGGGAUGAUCUUGGCUCGAGCUCCUAUUAUGAACACAUGGUUUUAUAUUACCUAUGAGAAAGAUCCUGUCUUGUACAUGUACCAACUCUUAGAUGACUAUAAAGAAGGUGACCUUCGCAUUAUGCCUGAUUCUAAUGAUUCACCUCCUGCAGAACGGGAACCAGGUGAAGUUGUGGACAGCCUGGUAGGCAAACAAGUGGAAUAUGCCAAAGAAGAUGGCUCAAAACGAACUGGCAUGGUCAUUCAUCAAGUUGAAGCCAAACCAUCUGUCUAUUUCAUCAAGUUUGAUGAUGAUUUCCAUAUUUAUGUCUAUGAUUUGGUGAAGACAUCCUAGACAUCAUCACAAAGUUCUGCCAAAUUUGUGGAACUAUUAAAUGUAAAAUUUGUAGACACAAAUACUUGACUGUUUUUUCAGUUAAAUGAAAGCUUAAAUGUCCCUGCGAACCCACAAUCUCUGCCAGAAAAACUGUUUUGUUCUGAAUAAUACAAAUUUAUGUGAACAUGACACAUUUUCCAUAAGAGAACUUCUUUUCUUGAAGGAAGUCUAUAUAUUUGGGUGGGAGGGAGUUAAAAGCAAAGAACAACUGCAAAUUCAAGCUGUAUGAAGUCAAUCUAGUAUUGUAAUCUAGAUUUUUUCAUAGAUUUUAACUUUUUCUUCAACCCUGCACUUACCUGUUCAACUGCCAUAUGCAAGUGUAGUUUGCUAUUUUCAAUAUGCCUUCUUUUGUAACAUUAAAUUUAAUUUCUUGGCUAUCAGCAGUCCUUGUUUUCUGGAUUUGGACAGAGGUGACUCUUAAAUAGUUUGUGCAGCAGUAAGGAGUGCCUAACCCAAGUAACAUCAAUCUACUGUGUUUCUACACUUUAUUUGAAAUUAAACCUUUUAAGAACUUGCAGUACAUGGAAAUACUUGUGUAUUUUUGCUAGUCACAGGGCAGUAGGAUAUCAAGUGCUUGACUUAUGCACCUUUCAGUGAAAAGGCUUUAAACUAUAAAAAUAUAUUUAAUCUGUAUAACCAGUUAAUUAGAAAAUGCAGGUUUAAGGCCUGUGUUUACAAGUUGUAGGAAUCAGUAAAAUACACACAACAAAGCUGCCUUUAAUCCUAAAUGUUGUAUUCUGUUUUGUUAUACAUACCCAAGUGCUUGGUGCCACAAGUUUAACAAUAUAUAUGCUACUUAAGACUUUAGACUACACAUUGUCAAUCAGUAGUCUCUCAUUUACGAUCAGAACCUAGGAACACGAAUGUUUCUGUGUGGACUUAGAAACCUAAUAGUAGAUAAUCUUUUACAUGGCAAAUACAAUCUUAGGGAGGUGGGGAUGGGAUCCUUUUACACUGAAGACCUCCUUUAGAGGAGAAGCAUUUGUUGCCUUCUGCUCAGUCUGCUGUAUUCCUUUGUUUUACUUUGUGUUUUGCUAUUGUUUUUAACAAUUUGGGUUCAAGAAGGCAUCUUCUCAAUGUAUUCUUUUUCUGGCUUUUUCACAUAAAGAGAGUCCAGACAAAUUGACAGUUUAAAUUAUUGUUACCUUUUGUGCUGUACUUGCUUUGAGGUAUGCUGUUAACAUGAAUUUCAUUCUAUGAACACUAGAGUUCUGAAUGCCAGUGGUGUACUAUCCAAUGGGAGCUAUAGACAGUCUCAGUGGUUCGGUCAUCAGCAUUAGAUUGAGGAUGUAAAUAGCAGCCCACAACAGCAGAAUCCUUUCACAGUUUUAAUCUUACUAGAUAGUUAUAAAUCAAGGUUAGGAUAUAUAGUUUUUUUUAAGUGUAGCAGCUUUUAAAGCAUCAGAAUUACAACACGAAUCAGCACAUCAAAAUUGUCAUGUUAAAGCAGAGCUGUACAAGCUUCAAAGUACUGCUUCACAGAAAUAUAGUAUGUGAAUACAGUCAACACUAUUGAUGGAAUAAAGGAAUGCAUAGAUAUCCAACCUUAUGCUGUUAGUAGAAGGAUGCAGGAGAGAUAUUGUUAAUCAGAGAUCAGAGGUCUGACUUCUAUUGUGGGUAUUUUGAUAUCAAAGACUCAGUGAUUUAAGUCUUUUUCUGUACAUUUUUUUGGCCUGAUUUCAUAUAUUAGCCUUAAGGCUUGUGCCUCUUUAUGCUAUUAAAUGGUAAUACUGCAUAAAUAUGGUAUCUUAAUUCUUUGUCCCUUGCUACUAUAUUGCAUUAUGUCCUGUAUUUCAUCAUGGGCAACUGAAGGCAGACUACUGUCUUUCAGUUCACAGCUGCUCAAUACAGUCUUUAAGCACUAAGUAAAUUUUCAUUACGUUUUGAACAAAGUGAACAGAUUUGCAACACAGUGCUUUCAUCCUGCAGAUCUGUUAUGUGCUUUCUAUUGACUCUUAAGAGUCCUGCAUGUAAAUCUCAAAGCUGAGCCUGGCUCCAUGAGCCCAAGAUGAUAUUUGUGGCACAAGAAUGAGUGUACUGAUUACACACAAAAGACAUGAAUUUUACUUUGUACUUAGUACUAUGAAUUUUGCGGUUUACAUCUAAGGAAUAUAAGGUUCAUUUUGAAAUAUUUCAGGUUUAGGUCUACUGGAACAUUUUUAGCAUUAGGCUUGCAUUUAUGGGUUUUAUGCAAGUCACUCUAAUAUACCACAUAUUUUACUAAUUAGUAUAUGUCAAUUAGUAUAUUAGUCAAAUUGUAUGGGUUUUUUUGAUGUCCCUGUUGUCUGUUGCAUGGGGUUUUUUUGUCUUUUUUCUUAAGGUUGGGGAGGAAUGUGCGUUUAUGGUUUUGUGGUUGGUUUUUGUAAUAGCUUAAACAACAUUUUUGAGACUUGAGACUAAUUCCACUCCCUGCCAUCUGCUUUGGGCUUUAUUUUAGGCUCAUGUUUCAGAUCUGCAUGCAGUGCUUGCAUUACCCUAGUAACUACAUGUUGGUCCCUCAUUCUAGGAUUUCAAUGUUACUUUCCAAAUUUAUUAUAGGUCUUGCAAUGGCAUAAGCCAUGGAUAUUUGUAUAAAAGUUAUUGGUCUCUCAUUUACCUGCUGUAGUAUUGAUGUAUAUUGUGUGUGUGCAUGAUGUCAAGCUGCCACAUAAAACUUUUUUAAAGGAAAAAAAACAACCUUAAAUGCAGACCAUCCUUUUUUGCAUGCUUAGAUAGUUAGAAUGUUCAAUGUAACAAAGUUGCAUGCUAUAAUGCUUAGGUUUGGAUUUUGUUCUGUUUUUAUUUUGUAUUCAGUUUUUUUGUGAAAUUGCUUAUUGUGCUGUUUGAAUGAUUGUUAGUAGGAUUAAAUGCACUGGUGAGGCAAACACAGUGCCAACAGAAGGUAAUUUUCCAGUUGUAUGUGUCAUAUGGCAUUUGAAGGGACCAUGUAUUCUGUUAAAGAAUAAAUAAAAUCACAAUUGAUAAGUAAAGCACUUUUUUUUUUUAAUAACAAACCCUAAAUUAAGUUGGGCUACAUAAAGACUGAAAGACUUUGGGGAAAAUCCUAUUUAUUUCAAAGGUAUAAGCCUUCUUUAAUUAUUUUUACAUGGAGGCUUUAUCUUCAGAUAGAAUAGAUUACAGAUGCUUCAGGGAAAAAGAAUUAUGGUAAAAGCAGUUUCUGGUUCCUUGAAAAUGCUGUACUUUUUGUAUUUUACAUCAUUAGUGCAAUUUGGAUGGUUUUUGGUAUGUGUAUAGUUCAAAGGUCUUCGUGUUCACAUUUUAAAAUUAGGUAAUGACUUCAUCUUUAGAGCUUGAUUUCAUUAUUUUUAUUUUAUUUCUCUGCAUUUAGAAGUAUGAACACUU